AUGAAGUUCGCCGAACAUUUGGCUGCUCAUGUAACGCCUGAAUGGCAUUCUCAAUAUAUUCGUUAUGAUGAAAUGAAAGAUCUUCUAAAUGCUGCUGUUGAAAAAGCUCAACCGUUUGUCGAUGAUCAGGAUAUUGUUUUACGUGAAAAUUAUUUUCUAAGAAUUGAUGAACAUUUUUUUCAAACUUGUGAGAAAGAAGCAACAAAAAUUAACACAUUUUUUUCUGAAAAAUUAGCAGAAGCAUUAAGACGAUUAGAAACGUUAAAAACGGAAUUACAAUUCAUGACUAAACAUGAACAUCAUCGUCGACAUAAUCAAAGAAAUAGUAUGACUGUUGAUGAAGAAGGUGAUUUGAGUACAGUUGGAAUGACAAUACAAAAAAAUCAUCAUGAUGGUCUAAUGGUUCCAUUAGCACGUGUUCUACCAGAACGACUUAUCGAACGUACAAGAGAAAAACGUCAAGAACGAACACAAUUUCGUAAAAUUCAUGAUUUAAAAUUAGCUUUUAGUGAAUUUUAUUUAAUGCUUGUUUUAUUACAAAAUUAUCAAACAUUAAAUUUUACCGGUUUUCGUAAAAUAUUGAAAAAACAUGAUAAAUUAUUUCAAACAACACGUGGAGACGACUGGAGACGAUUACAUAUUGAUCAAGCACCAUUUUAUACGACAAAACGUGUUGAUCAAUUAAUUAAUGAAGUUGAAACAAUGUACACCGAUGGAUUAGAACAAGGAAAUCGAGCAAAAGCAAUGAAACGUCUAAGAGUACCACCAUUAGAAGAAAAACAAUCACCAGCUGUAACAUUUCGAGUCGGAUUAUAUAUCGGUAUGCUAUGUUUAUUAGUACCAACAGUAAUUACUUUGGGUGCAACAUUUCGUGAUAGUCAAUCAACAAAACCAUUAGCAUGGCGUCAAGCAUUAUUAUUAUAUCGUUCAACAUUCCUAAUUGUUUUACAUAUUGUUCUAGUUGGUAUUAAUGUCUAUGGUUGGUCAGCAUCAGGUGUUAAUCAUGUACUCAUAUUUGAAAUAGAUCCUCGUAAUCAUUUAACUUAUCAACAAUUUUUAGAAGUAGGCACAUUUUUAUUUGUAUUAUGGUUUUUAAGUUUUACAGCAUUUAUAUUAACAUCUUAUUAUGAUUUUCAUCCAUUUGCCCAACCACUUGGCUUUUUAACAUUGAUCAUUUUAUUUCUAUUAAAUCCAACACCAACAUUAUAUCAUCAAGCACGUUUUUGGUUUUUACGUACAUUAGGUCGUGUAAUUAUGGCACCAUUAUUUAAAGUUGGUUUUGCUGAUUUUUGGCUUGGUGAUCAAUUAACAUCAUUAGAAUUAAUAUUUUUCGAUAUGGAAUAUUUUAUUUGUUUUUAUAUAUAUGAUGUAAGUUGGUGGCCAAUGUCUGGUACUCCAACAAUUAUUCGUGGUAUAUUUUGUAGUGGAUGGACACAAAUUUUAUUUCAAACAAUUUUAAUAAUAUUACCAAGUUGGUUUCGUUUUUCACAAUGUUUAAGACGUUAUGGGGAUACAAAACAAAAAUUUCCACAUUUAUUAAAUGCUGGUAAAUAUGCCAGUGGUUUUUUGGUAGCGGGUGCUAAUUCAUUACGCCGUGCAACCAUUUUAGACUAUACAGAAGAACCAAUAAGAAAUCCAUUUCUUUAUUUAUGGAUAGUAACAUCAUUUAUUGGUUCAACAUAUAAACUUGUUUGGGAUUUAAAAAUGGAUUGGGGAUUUUUUGAUAAAAAUGCGGGUGAAAAUAAAUUAUUAAGAGAUCAAUAUGUUUAUCCAUCUAAAAUUUAUUAUUAUAUUGCCAUACUUGAAGAUAUUAUAUUUCGAUAUUUAUGGAUAAUUAAUAUAUUUCUUCAUUUUAAAUCACGAUCAGCUGAAUAUGCUGAUGUUGUCGGUUUUAUAUUUGGUCUCAUUGAAGUAUUUCGACGUUUUAUAUGGAAUUAUUUUCGUUUAGAGAAUGAACAUUUAAAUAAUUGUGGACAAUUUCGAGCAGUAAGAGAUAUUUCAAUUGCUCCAAUAAAAAAUAUAACAGAUUAUUCAACAUUAGAAGAUAUGAUGGAUAAAGACGAUGGAAUUAAAAAUCGAAAAAAUUCAACAAGACAUGAUUUAGUAAAAAGUAGAAAAUCAGAAAUAAAAAAUAAUAGACGACAAUCCAUGACAACUACAAAUGAUAAAAUUAUCUAUGAUGAUCAAAUGACAGCUAUAGCUGAUACACCCAUGACAAUAUUAGAUGCUGAUACAACAUUAUCAUCGACACAGAUAAGUCCCAAUGAAGAAAAAGAUUAUGAUAUUGAUUGUGAACCGAUACUUGUUAAAGAUAACAGAUAA